GAGGCUGAACAUCGCGUAACUGCCCCAAGCAAGGACAACUAAGUGAGAGCACAGGACAGGGGGUAACAAUACGAAGGAGCAUAAGGGCAGCGAGUGCAGCAUCUACUAACUCUGGUUGCAAACACAGGGGGAGGCACGACAGAUCCAGCCCCUGCAGGAGGAAGAGGAGGGGGCAGAAGAGGCGCCUCUAUCCCUGUGAGAGGAAGAAGAAGACACAGAGGAAGAGAAGUAGUGUUGUCUUCUAAAGAGUUCUCAUAUUAUUUUAGUGCUAAUAUUCCAAGGGUCAGGGUGCAGUAGACCAGUAGCCGUACUGCUGACUUCUAGGACAGUUGCAGCCCUAGGCCUCCCCACUGCAUACGGGAUCCCCCUCCGCCCCGCGCACGUUGGAAGGAGGCGCCGGCUCCCCUAAGCUCACACCCGGGAUCUGGAGCGUCCACAUCAGGAUAUACAGAUUACAUAGUGCAAGCGCUGGACCGGUAUUUAUUUUGCUCUAUAUAACACACUCCAAGGAGCACCUUCCUGUGGAUUGAGUUCUACAGGGAAUCCACUCCUUACAACAUGCGUGCAGGGAUCUGUCUCUCAUUGCACAGAGUGAGAGGGGCAGGGAUCCACUCUGCACAUACUUAUGCAUAGGGAGAUCCUGCAACAAGAGGGACCAUUCCUUUUUUGGAUAUACAACAAGGGAAGUUUUUUUUGGAUACUUAAGAUUCGCAGAUAUGGUUCUUAGUUAUAUAUGCAGUUUGUGAGUAUGAAGGUUCUACUUAAAAGGGACUUGCUUAUGGAAGAUCUAUUGUAUAAAUGUUAAGUAUCUUCUUUUUGCAUCCACAUUCAAAUUGCAGAGGCCCCUAUGUGGGUUUAUUUAUAAAGCAUAGAGAAAAAAAUUAGUUGUAACUCACUAAUCUUUCUCUGCAUAUCAUAUAAGGAGUAUUUUGGGGGAGAUAUAAUGGGGUGCACAAGUGCUUUGGUUGCUUUUCCUGCCCAAUGUUGGGGGUAAACGUGGUUUCUGGUGGUCCAGGAGAGGACUGUGAAUAAAACAGAUAUCUGUUAACUAUUUCCAUACUGAGGAGAGGACAGAUAUAGCUGUGAUCAUGUCUUUCAUCCCUGAGCAUUACAUGACAAACCGGCAGCGGAAGCUGGAGGCCAUCCUAAGGAAUCCACGCUCGCCCAUCAAUGUGGAAAGUUUGCUGGAUGGACUUAAUUCCUUGGUCCUAGAUCUCGAUUUCCCUGCACUACGGAAAAACAAGAACAUUGAUAAUUUUCUAAGUAGAUAUGCAAAAGUUGUGGCUGACGUUCGUCAGCUGCAAAUGAAAGCUGAAGACUAUGAUGUUGUGAAAGUCAUUGGAAGAGGAGCCUUUGGGGAAGUCCAAUUGGUUCGCCAUAAGAACUCACAAAAAGUAUAUGCAAUGAAACUACUUAGCAAAUUUGAAAUGAUCAAAAGAUCUGACUCUGCCUUUUUUUGGGAAGAACGAGAUAUCAUGGCCUUUGCAAAUAGUCCUUGGGUAGUCCAGCUGUUUUGUGCCUUUCAAGAUACAAAAUACCUGUACAUGGUCAUGGAAUACAUGCCGGGAGGAGACCUUGUAAACCUUAUGAGUAAUUAUGAUAUGCCAGAGAAGUGGGCAAAAUUCUACACGGCUGAGGUUGUCCUUGCACUUGAUGCCAUUCACUCUAUGGGACUGAUUCACAGAGAUGUGAAACCUGACAAUAUGCUCCUGGAUAAGAACGGGCACCUUAAACUUGCAGACUUCGGCACUUGUAUGAAGAUGGAUGAAACAGGUAUGGUGCAUUGUGAUACUGCUGUAGGAACCCCAGACUACAUAUCACCUGAAGUACUGAAGUCUCAAGGAGGGGAUGGUUACUAUGGGCGAGAAUGUGAUUGGUGGUCAGUGGGAGUCUUCUUGUUUGAGAUGCUGGUUGGUGAUACCCCAUUUUAUGCGGACUCCCUGGUCGGCACCUACAGUAAAAUUAUGGAUCACAAAAAUUCAUUGAACUUCCCUGAAGAUGUUGAGAUUUCAAAGCAUGCCAAGAACCUUAUCUGUGCCUUUUUAAUAGACAGGGAGGUGCGACUCGGGAGGAACGGAAUAGAAGAAAUAAAACAGCACCCGUUCUUUAAGAAUGAUCAGUGGACUUGGGAUAACAUUAGAGAAACCGCUGCCCCUGUUGUGCCCGAGUUGAGCAGUGACAUUGACAGCAGUAAUUUUGAUGAAAUCGAGGAUGACAAAGGAGAUGUCGAGACCUUUCCAAUUCCAAAAGCCUUUUCUGGGAACCAGCUGCCUUUCAUAGGUUUUACCUACUACCGAGAGAAUCUAUUGUUAAGUGACUCUUCCCAAACCCGUGAAGAUAACAAUUCUUCCCUGCAGCCAAUAAUAGAGCAGUCUGCAGAAUUACAGAAAAAGCUUCACCAAUUGGAGGAGCAACUUCACAAUGAGAUGCAAUCUAAAGACGAACUGGAGCACAAGCACAGAUCUGUAAAUUCUCGUUUGGAAAAGAUUAUGAAGGACCUGGAUGAAGAGGCAAAUUCUAGAAAAAACCUUGAAUCCACAAGUCGGCAACUUGAACGGGAAAAAGCUCUUCUGCAGCACAAGAACACAGAGUACCAAAGAAAAGCAGAAAAUGAGGCAGAAAAGAAACGCAGUUUGGAACAUGAAGUAACCAGCCUGAAAGAUCAACUUGAAGAUUUAAAAAAGAGAAACCAAAGUUCACAAAUAUCUAAUGAGAAAAUGAAUCAGCUCCAAAGACAGCUGGAUGAAGCCAAUGCUUUGUUGCGCACAGAGUCUGACACAGCAGCUCGGCUCAGGAAAAACCAAACGGAAAUGUCCAAACAGAUCCAGCAGCUAGAAACGAACAACCGCGAGCUUCAGGAUAAGACCUGCAUGCUGGAGAACGCCAAGCUGAAGGUGGAGAAGGACUUCAUUAACUUACAGUCAGCUCUGGAGUCUGAAAGGAGAGACAAGACACACGGAUCUGAGAUCAUUAGUGACCUACAAGGGCGAAUAUCUUUCCUGGAAGAGGACCUGAAGAAGGGGAAAGAGUUAAUGGCAAAGGUAGAAAUGGAAAAGAGGCAACUGCAGGAGAGACAGUCUGUUCUGGAGAAGGAAAAAAGCAAUCUGGAGAUCGAUAUGACGUACAAGAUAAAAGUCCUGCAGCAAACCUUAGAAAAAGAAGAGUCUGAGCAUAAAGCUACCAAGGCCCGGCUGGCUGACAAGAACAAAAUUUACCAGUCGAUAGAAGAGAGCAAAUCUGAAGCUAUGAAAGACGUAGAGAGGAAACUGCAAGAUGAGAGGAUAGCCAAGCAGAGGUUAGAGAACGGCUUACUGGAAGCCGAGAAACAGUGCUCCAUGCUGGACUGUGAUGUCAAGCAAGCCAAGCAAAAGAUAAGCGAGUUGGAGGCUCUCAAAGACAAGCUCAACGAGGAUGUUAAAAACUUAACAUUAAAAACUGAGCAAGAGACGCAGAAAAGAAGCCUGACACAGAACGACUUGAAAAUGCAGCUGCAGCAGGUGAACAGUUUGAAGAUGUCUGAAAAACAACUUAAACAAGAGAUCAAUCAUCUAACAGAGAUAAAACUGAACCUGGAGAAACAGAACACUGAGCUGCGCAAAGAACGACAAGAUGCAGACGGACAAAUGAAGGAAUUACAAGAUCAGCUGGAGGCUGAGCAAUAUUUUUCAACCCUGUACAAGACACAGGUACGGGAACUGAAGGAAGAAUGUGAAGAAAAGAGUAAAUUGUGCAAGGACAUGCAGCAGAAGGUGCAGGAGUUACAAGAUGAGAGAGACUCUCUGGCAGCUCAGUUGGAGAUCACAUUAACUAAGGCAGACUCUGAGCAACUGGCACGGUCUAUUGCUGAGGAGCAGUAUUCCGACCUGGAGAAAGAGAAGAUCAUGAAGGAGCUGGAGAUCAAGGAGAUGAUGGCCCGUCACAAGCAGGAGCUCGCUGAGAAAUAUGCUACCAUAGCAUCUCUUGAAGAAGCAAACAAGACACUGACUAUCGAUGUAGGCAAUCUUGCUAACGAGAAGGAAGACUUGAACAACAAACUUAAAGAGGCCCAAGAAUAUAUAAUGAAUUUGAAAAAUGAAGAAAGCAGCAUCACAUCCAUCAAAGCUCAGUUUGAGAAGCAGCUACUGACAGAGAGGACGCUGAAGACUCAGGCUGUUAACAAAUUAGCUGAAAUCAUGAAUCGUAAAGCUCCCACAAAGCGAGGUCCAGACACUGAUGUACGAAGAAAGGAGAAGGAGAAUAGGAAACUUCAACUAGAACUGAAGUCUGAGCGUGAGAAACUGACGCAUCUUGUUGUCAAAUAUCAGAAGGAGAUGAAUGAAAUGCAGGCGCAAAUAGCAGAUGAAAGUCAGGUUCGAAUUGAGCUGCAGAUGGCGCUCGACAGCAAGGACAGUGAUAUUGAACAGCUGAGAGGCCAGCUUCAGAACAUUAACAUAGGCCUUGAUAGCACAAGUAUCGGAAGUGGCCAUGGUGACCCAGAUGCUGAUGAUGGCUUCCCAGUUCACAUCACUCAUUCCCGUACUAUGGAGUCAAUGUCCUUCAGCUACCAGCGUUCCUCUACUUCUGUCAGCAUUGCUACUAAGCCCUCCCGUUCUCUCUUGCUUCUCGACUCUGAUUCUGACUCUGAGUCAGAGAUGGAACCAUACCCCUGUGCACAAGUCUCUUCAGAGCCUGAUUGUGCUGAUAGCGAAGAAUCGCGAUUGGAAGGAUGGCUCUCGCUUCCUGUCCGUAAUACCAAGAAAUUUGGAUGGAUUCGGAAGUACGUGGUGGUUAGCAGCAAGAAAAUUCUGUUUUACGAUAGUGAGCAGGAUAAAGAACAGUCCAACCCGUACAUGGUGUUAGAUAUAGACAAACUGUUCCAUGUACGGCCAGUUACUCAGACCGAUGUGUACAGAGCAGAUGCCAAAGAAAUUCCUCGGAUAUUCCAGAUUUUAUAUGCCAAUGAAGGAGAAAGCAAAAAGGAACAAGAAUUUCCAGUGGAUCCAAUGGAGAAAUCAAAUUACAUUUGUCACAAAGGGCAUGAGUUUAUUCCCACCUUGUACCAUUUUCCCACCAGCUGUGAUGCUUGUAUGAAGCCGUUAUGGCACAUGUUCAAGCCACCUCCUGCACUAGAGUGCCGCCGUUGCCAUAUCAAGUGUCACAAGGAUCACAUGGAUAAGAAGGAAGAAGUUAUAGCACCUUGCAAAGUAAACUAUGACAUUUCAACGGCAAAGAAUCUACUUUUACUAGCAACUUCCACAGAGGAGCAGCAGAAGUGGGUGAGUCGAUUGGUUAAAAAGAUUCCCAAGAAACCUCCACCUCCUGAUCCUUUUGCUCGGUCCUCUCCAAGAACUUCCAUGAAGGUACAGCCAAACCAGUCUAUGAGGCGGCCAAGCCGACCGCUUCCUCCAAGUAAACCCAGAUUACUUGAUUUGGCAUUUAAAGACUGGGAUUGGUCUAUUGAUGAUGUUGAGGAUGAUGAUGACGAUGUUUUUGAUUUCUGAAGAAAUAAGCUGGCUAACUGCCUUCUGUGAAUGCAGUCCCUAUUUCAAGAUAUCUUCCAAUAUAUAUAAGACUGAAAACUUGUCCCAAAAAAACUAUAUAUAUAUAUUUUUUUUCCUAAUAGACUGUGCUUAUAUAUAUCAGAGGUUUACAAAAUUGUUGCUGCAAUAUAUAUAAAAAAAAGAAAGAAAAUAAUGUAUCAUCUGACUGUGUCUUUGGAAUCUUCAGGGUGGGCAACAGGCACACUGGGAAAACACACAAAUACACCCUGGAUUUCUAUUGGCUGGCUUCAGGCUCUCAGGGGUAGCCUUUCAUCAUAUGGCAAAGCUAACGCAUAGUGCUUCUAGCAGAGAAAAACAAAAUGGCUCCACUGUUAAGAGAGGCUGUGUCUCUCAAGUAGUGAAAGAGCUUAGACGUCAGUUUCACAAAGCUCUCUCGUUGGAAGUUCACACUACAACAUACGGACUAAAGGAUAUAAGCAUCUUCCUUAUCGCAACUGAUGGAUCCAUUGGGUCUUGUAGAUCACCUUGAGAAAUUGAGUGGCCAAGCAAGAGCACAUGAUUGAAUGACCGUUAUACUGUGUAUAUAUUUCUAUUGUACUGUACCGCAAGAGGCUUUGUGAGAGCGUCACAAUUUAUUUUUGUACACAUUGGUCAAUACCGUUACCUAUUGCAUUUGCAACUAUGCACAUGUAUGAAGCCAUAGCAUUUAACCAAUAUCAUUUCUUUUGUAUAGAAACAAAAAUGAAUUGCAUGUAAGUGCUCAGCAGCUUGUCGUUAUAUAGAUCCUGAAGCCGUUUCCGGCUACUUCCAUAACUUAUAUGGAUGCCUUAUUUUAAGUGUCAAUUUUUUGACCAUUCCAUCGAUUUAUUAUAAGUGAUUAAGAUUCAGAUUUAACAGAUUCUUUUUUUUUUUUUGUGGGGGGGUGGGAGGGGAGGGGGGUUAGUGCACUAUUUUUACACAGGUAUAUUGCCAACAUCCUUUUGAAUGUAUUUCAGAAUAUUUUGGAGAAAGUUAAAACAUUUGGCUGCACACACAUUAAUGGAUCAGAACUAACAUAUCUUUUAUUCCUGUACUUUAAUUAAGCAUCCCAUCUCCAAAACCUCAGUAUUAUCCACUGAUUCUAUCAUAUUUUCCUUAAGUGCUAUGACCUAUUUUGGUCUUAUUUUUUUCUAUCUUAGAUAUGUUUUUAUUUCUUGAAACAACAAGCAUCUGUGAUUUGUAAUAUUUUUUUUUUAAGUGUUCAUAGCACGUGCACAUACAAGAGCUGUCACAAGCUUUAUUCAUACUGUAGAUUUAUUUUAAUAUUCUGGAGAGCAUUCUCUAGCACACAGCUCUAGGUAAAGGCAUUUCAAGUAGAGCAUUUGGAGAAUGUUAAGCUGGGAUGAUAAAAGGGCCCCAGAGGCACUUAUUUGAAUUAUUUUUACAUGGUCUUAUUAAAACAUAAAAUAUGUAAUUUAUGUGGGCUCAGUCAUGCUGUACUCUUAAAUAUCCCUCAAACAAAGUGCAUGUUUUAUACAAAUGCAGUAUGAUAAAUGUUAACCAUAUUGACAAUAAAAUAUAACAUGUAGCCGUCA